AUGGUCGGUCGAUGCAUGUUGCAUGGUGUCAUUCGUGUCCUUGCCGGUUGGGAGCACCUCACAUUGACUCACUGGUAUUUGCUCGCUCCAGCGAGCAAAUUGACCAACACGCACAACUCUCAGCCGACACGCUUUUUUGGGACAUCCAGAUCUGGAAUCCUAGGUGCGGGCGACCAGUCACAUCCAGAUCUGGAGUCACCGCGGUCGAAGGCGUCCAUUUUCCCCAGAUCUGGAGCAAACAUGAUGAUUGGCGAUGGACGAAAGCAGCAUACUGAAUCCGAUGGCCUCGUCUUACCACGACUGGCAUCGGAGAAUGUAGUUGUUGCCUCCACUUCGCCCUCCGCUGUCAACACCAAAGAAGGAUGGCCCCUUAUAGCCCCAAUUAUGAAUAUCACACUAGAACAAGGCUUCUCUAAAAUUGAAUUUGGAGCUGAUAUCAUGCAAAACAUCAACCAGAGCUCCAACACCCCCAUCUCCGUGCACUGUGUCAUGUUUGGACCCGAAGGCUGGGCGGACCUACCACAUGGAUUAUUGCACUCCAUCAUUGUCCUGUUGGGUUCAACUCGUGACCUUCUUGCAUUCAUUGCCACCUGCCCUAGCUGGUAUGCCGCAUUCAUGUCAAUCAGAUCUACCUUAGGCAAGCUCUUCCCACCUGUUAUUUUUCGGAACUGUGCCGACGAGACAAGCUCAGCUGGCUCGAACAUUGGAAACACAUGGGAGCUCAUUGAUCCUGUAUAUCCAAGUACUCCGUUGUGUCGCUUGACCCCUCCAAGUAUUUUGGACAAAGUGGCAGUCAUCAAAUGUUCUUAUGAUCAUGCGAUUUUCUGCUACGACAGAUCCCUUAUCAUUAUGGACGUGCUCACUGGCACUACGGUUGCAGCUCCACCUUUCCCGUUGAAUCAACUCUGCUACAGAACCUUCAUAUCUCCAGAAGCGUCACCAGAUUCAUAUCUAUUUGUCAGCAGCCCACACUGCCUGUACGUUUGGCGAGUUGGGAGCCCCUCUUGGUUGAACUGCGAUUUUCUAAAUGCACAUUUGAUCAAGGAGAUGGUGUCCUUCAAAGGCCGGUUCAUUUUGAAGAUGCGUCAAAAACUAUACACCGUGCAUUUGACACCUCAGUUUCAUGUUGAGCUACUAAGAGUUGAUUGCAGAGAUUAUAUGGACCCAUACGUGCUUUCCGGAAAUUUGGUGGCUUGUGAAGACACACUUCUCCUACUUGGUCGUAACGGGGAAGCCUUCUCCAUUGAUUUCUCAACUGAACCUGCAAAGUUUGUGAGAUUAGAAGAGGGAGGCUUGAAGAAGUGGGCGUUCUUCUAUGGCCAGAAACACAUUGGACAUCCACGACACUUAGUGAACCCAGAGAGGAUGGGUUUAAGGGGUGGCCUUGUCUACCAGUUGGAUGAAAACGCUCGAGUAUUUUCAUACCCAGUAGAUGGCAACCAAAAUGAGGAGUUGGAGCCAGAACCUUGUUUUGCGACGAUCAAUGCUCAUCUUGCUCAUAAUCCUACAUCAUUUGCAGCUUGGGUAUGA